GCCGAGGCCCCGUAUGCAACUCAUUACUUCCCCAAUGCUGCUUUCCCACGGCUUUAAUUGCUUUUUUUAAUCACCUGCUAACGAAUACCGAUCAUAAACGGCGUUAAUCAGCGAUCUUAAUGAAGGAGCUCGUUAAUGAAAGGCUGCUUAACGAACUUUUGCAGCUCUUCUGGGAGAAACGUUUACGCGGCCUCAGCGCCUCCGACGUCGGCCAUGAGAUCCUCAAAGCCAUGGAGCUCCCACGGGGACUGCAAGCCCUAGGUCCCGUCCCAGACGACGUCACCUUGCUGUCGGCCGUCGCCAGCGCUCUUCACAUCAGUUCCAUUCCCAAGGGAAAGAAAUCCCCCAAAAUGGGGCAAAAUCCCCCCAAAUUGGGAAUAAAUCCCCAAAGUGGAGAAAAAAGUCUCCAAAAAUGGGGAAAAAUCCCAAAAGUGGGGGAAAAAAUGCCACCUUUGCCCUUUGCCCCUUGCAGGAAGCAGGAGGAGCGGGUGAGACGAGUGAGGAAGAAACUGGAAGAAGCUCUGCUGGCCGGCGACCCGGCGGGGUCAAGGGGUCAAGACGAGUGACCUUUGACCUCUGACCCCGUGAUGGAGGUCACCGGGGUCAAAGGUCAACGUUUGGGGUGGGGGGAAAAUGCACUUUUU